AUGCUACCAACGCCUUCCACGUCCCACGUGAACUACGAGCAAAUAUACGAACCAGCCGAAGAUUCAUAUCUGCUCCUCGACACGUUGUCAUCAGAAGCCGAAAAGGAGUUCCUCCAAAGCCACUUCCCCAAGACUACAAAUGCGCCAUUACUCGUAGAAGUCGGAACGGGAUCCGGAGUUGUGCUAGCUUUCGCGACAGCCAAUGCUUCGCAUCUUUUUGGUCGCACCGAUAUUGCGACUUUGGGGUUAGAUGUGAAUGAUUUUGCUUGUAGCGCGACGUCGCAGACAGUAAAGUGUGCUACCCAAGAAGCAGGUGUGGAUCAAGGAGGAAGAUUCCUGGGUGCCGUAUGUGGCGAUCUUACGACACCACUUCGAGAAGGUUGUGUGGAUAUCCUCAUCUUCAAUCCUCCAUACGUACCAACGGAAGAGCUGCCGAAACAUCCGAAAAAAGAGUAUAGCGACCAGAACAAGAAGUGGACCAGCACCGAAAGCUUCGAACGAGACUCGCACCUGCUGUCCUUGUCGUAUGCGGGCGGCGUCGAUGGAAUGGAGACGACGAAUCGACUGCUCGGCCAGUUGCCACAAGUCUUGAGCGAUCGAGGCGUGGCGUAUGUGUUGUUCUGCGCACAAAACAAGCCCGAUGAGGUCGCAAGUCGAAUUCGGCGGUGGCCCGUUGAAUCGAAGGAAAAACCGUGGCAGACCGAGAUCGUUGGCCGAAGCGGCAAUAAGGCUGGCUGGGAGAGAUUAUGCAUUAUGCGCAUCUGGCGCACUUGA